GCGCAUAAUACGAAUUCAUUACAAAUCAUUUUGAUGAAUAUCUCGAGUUUGCUUGAUCAGUGGAUAUUUGAGUGAAUCCGAUUUUAGCGGAUGAUCAAAUUCAAAUUUGCAUACAAGGUUUUCUAUUUCAAUUUUCAACUUGAACUGAUCAGAUAGAUAAGAACAGGAUAGAAGCACUAUUGGAUUAUUCACUUCAUUCACUUUUACACUCAUGAACACUCAUCCUACUCUCACAUUCCAUCCAAGUUCAUCUUUACAUUCUCAUUCGAUUCAUCAUCAUCAUCAUCAAGUUGAAAUCGAUGAAGGUCAAGAGAAUGGAAUGAACUCUAAUGUUCAUCUUUCAUCCAAUCCGAUGGCUUAUCAUAACUUUGAUGAAAUGAUUAGUCAAGUGAUUGAAACUAACUUGAAUCAACAUUUUCAAUCGGUUGAUCAUCUCAAAGUGAAUGCUAAGCCAUUGGUCGAACGUGAUCCGAAUUGGCUUAUUGAACCUGAGUUUAAGUUGAAGACAUCCCAAGAACUUCCCAAUGAAAGUUUAACACCUAAUUCGAUGACCACUACUCCUACUACUACUAAUUCAACUUCAAAACAAUCUAUCAAUUUACUUACUAUUAUUGAUCAACCAACUAUUCUUUCAAAACCUCAAGUUCAUCAAAUUCCAAAAUUCAUUAGAGCUUCAUCUGAUUCAGCUCAUCUUAAAGCUAUCAAGCCUGAUCAAUCAGUUUGUAGUGAUCGAGAAAUUAACUUUAAUUCAAUCUCAACUCCAUUACAUCCUCAAAACGAUCCUAGGUCUCAACUUACUCAAUGGCGUGAGGAAGCAAUUGAAUAUGUUAGAAAGAGAGAAGAGAUUUUAGCUUGGAUUAAUGGUUUGCCUGGAUCGUUUGGUCUGGAUGAAAUUCAUCAGGCUAUUGAUUGGGAAGUUGUGAAGGAUGAAGAUGUGGUUGAGGGGAUUGUGAAGGAUGGUUUGGAUGAUCAACUGGUUCAUUUAUUGGCAUCUGAUCUUGAUGGUCUCAAGAUUGAAAAAUUAGAACCAAUCCAUCAAACUUCUUUAUAGAUUAUUGAUUCACUCUUGUUUUUUUUCGGAUUAAAGGAUUAAAAUUAUCGGAUUUCAUGGUUAGACUUGAAACACACUGCUUUAUCUUUCUUCAUACCUGUAGAUUCUUGACUCUUUUUCCCUUUUAUUCACGAUUGAAGUUUUUUUUAAAGGGUUCGAAUUCUUAAGUUUGAUUUUGGUUCUUCUUUUUAUUUGAUCUGAAACUUUUUUUUUCUCAAUUCUUUUACUUUUGAUCAUCUUGUUUGAUUCUUUUUCUUCUUCUUAGAAAUCUUAUGUUUUUCUCUAAACCGCAUCGCAUUAGUACCUCUAGUUCUUUCGAUUUUCUUUAUACAUUCAUUUUAAGUAUGUCUGGAUUUUUUUCUUUGGAUUUACAAGAUGUCAGUUUUCUUACAUCUUUCGCUUUUUUCUUUCUCUUUCUCUUUUUGUUUGGAUUCUUUGAAGUUUUUUUUUGAAUUAUUCUUUUUUUUCUUACUUUCGUCUUGUAUUGUAUUGAAAUAUCAUUUGAACUAAAGAUAUGUUCUUGAACC